AUGAACGUUACCUGGCUUCCGGAUCUGACUCCACUCUACACUGCUCCUAAUGGCCAGGUCUUCGUCUGGGCUGGCCCUCUGCUGAACUGCACCCUCCCUCCGUGCCCGGUCGAGCUCAGCGUGUACGGAUACCGUGCCAGUCUACCCUUUUCGGGCCUCUUGAUCGCCCUCUACGGUCUCUGCGCCAUCGCUCAGAUAUACCUAGGAUUGAAGCACAAGAGACGUGGUUUUAUGACAACGAUGCUCAUUGGAAUCUUUACUGAGAUGCUUGGGUACGGCGGACGUAUUAUCAUGUGGCAGAAUCCUUGGAACCAGACUGGCUUUACCAUGCAGAUUGUUCUUAUCACCAUCGGGCCUGUCUUCUUCUCCGCGGCAGUAUACGUGAUGCUCAGCCGGAUCAUUAAGUACAUCUCUCCAAAGGCGUCCCGCUUCCCGGGAAGAUACUACUACAACACUUUCAUCACCUGCGAUCUGGUCGCUCUGGUUCUCCAGGCUGUCGGUGGAGGCUUAUCAUCAACGUCACACGGCACAUCCCAAGCCGGUGUUGAUAUUGCACUCGCAGGACUGUCGUUCCAAGUCGCCACGCUGGUCCUUUACAUCGUCGCCUGUGCCGAUUACGCAUUUCGGAGUCGACAUGUCUGGCGACAAUCCCUUACGACCAGAUUCAAGGUGUUUGUCGGUUUCCUUGGACUGGCCACCUUGUUCAUCUUGGCUCGCUGUUCAUAUCGGGUGUAUGAGCUGAAUGAAGGGUACACUCACUCAAAUGCCGGUUUGCGUGAUCAGCCUCUGUUCAUUGCGCUAGAAGGAGUGUGA